CUUCCCUCAGAGCUGUUCUCGCCGCCCGUGAGGCUGAACCGCGCCAUGGCUGCUGCGUUCCGGCCCCUCCGCGCCCUCAGCCGCGCCCCGCUGGAGCCCCGCGCCCGCCGCCUGCACCUCAGCGCCGCCCGAGGGGACGCCGUGGUGAUCUCGGGGAGGAAGCUGGCCCGGCAGAUCCGGCAGGAAGCGCGGCACGAGGUGCAGCAGUGGGUGGCUGCUGGGAACAGGCGGCCCCACCUCAGCGUGGUGCUGGUGGGGGAGAACCCGGCCAGCCACUCCUACGUCCUCAACAAAACCAAAGCGGCCGCUGAUGUGGGGAUCAGCAGCGAGACCAUCGUGAGGCCGGCCUCCAUCAGCGAGGAGGAGCUGCUGGAGCUGAUCUCCAAACUCAACAACGACGCGGCCGUGGACGGGCUGCUGGUGCAGCUCCCCCUGCCCGAUCACAUCGACGAGCGCAGGGUCUGCAACGCCGUGAGCCCGCACAAGGACGUGGACGGGUUCCACGUGCUCAACGUGGGCAGGAUGUGCCUGGACCAGGACUCCAUGCUGCCUGCCACGCCCUGGGGCGUCUGGGAGAUCAUCCAGAGAACAGGGAUCCCGACGCUGGGCAGGAACGUGGUGGUGGCGGGCAGGUCCAAGAACGUGGGGAUGCCGAUCGCCAUGCUGCUGCACACCGACGGCAGCCACGAGCGCCCCGGAGGUGACGCCACGGUGACAAUCUCGCACCGCUACACGCCCAAGGAGCAGCUGAAACAGCACACGAUCCGUGCUGACAUCGUGGUGGCAGCCGCAGGCAUCCCCAACCUGAUCACGGCCGACAUGAUCAAGGAGGGCGCCGCCGUCAUCGACGUGGGCAUCACCAGGGUGCAGGACCCCGUCACGGCCAAGCCCCGCCUGGUGGGGGACGUGGAUUUCGAAGGGGUGAGGAAGAAGGCGAGUUACAUCACGCCGGUGCCCGGCGGCGUGGGGCCCAUGACCGUGGCCAUGCUGAUGAAGAACACCAUCAUCGCUGCCAAGAAACUGCUGAAACCCAAAGAGCUCGAGGCUCUGCCGGCCUAGCCAGGCCUGGCCUGGGAGCUGGGCCUAACCGGGGCCCUGGGAGCCAGGCCUAGCCUGGGAGCUGGGCCUAGCCAGGGCCCCUGGGAGCCAGGCCUAGCCUGGGAGCUGGGCCUAGCCUGGGGCCCUGGGAGCCAGGCCUAGCCAGGGCCCCUGGGAGCCAGGCCUAGCCUGGGAGCUGGGCCUAACCAGGGUCCCUGGGAGCCGGGCCUAGCCAGGCCUAGUCUGGGAGCUGGGCCUAACCAGGGCCCCUGGGAGCCAGGCCUGGCCUGGGAGCUGGGCCUAACCAGGGUCCCUGGGAGCCAGGCCUAGCCUGGGAGCUGGGCCUAACCAGGGUCCCUGGGAGCCAGGCCUAGCCUGGGAGCUGGGCCUAGCCAGGGCCCCUGGGAGCCGGGCCUAGCCAGGCCUAGUCUGGGAGCCAGGGCCCCCUGGGAGCUGGGCCUAGCCAGGGCCUGUCCAGUCCAUGACAUUCCAGACUGACUCCCAAACAGGCCGAUAGAAAAUGCAAUAUUUUUUAUUUAUUGUCUCGCACGUGGGGCUUUUCCCCACUCAGAGGUCACAGGUAUUUAUUGGAAGUGUGGCUGAGCUGGGAAUAUCCAGACUCCUCCUGCUUCGUGUUUGAGCUGGGAUUAUCCAAGCCCCUCCUGCUUCGUGUUUGAGCUGGGAUUAUCCACACUCCUGCUUUGUCUUGAAUCCCAGAUUAUCCACACUCCUGCUUUGUGUUUGAGCUGGGAUUAUCCACACUCCUGGUUUGUGUUUGAGCCAGGAUUAUCCACACUCCUGGUUUGUGUUUGAGCCAGGAUUAUCCACACUCCUGCUUUGUGUUUGAGCCAGGAUUAUCCACACUCCUGGUUUAUGUUUAAACUGGGAUUAUCCUGGUUUGUGUUUGAGCUGGGAUUAUCCACCCUCCUGCUUUGUCUUGAAUCCCGGAUUAUGCACACUCCUGCUUUGUCUUGAAUCCCGGAUUAUCCACACUCCUGCUUUGUCUUGAAUCCCGGAUUAUGCACACUCCUGGUUUGUGUUUAAACUGGGAUUAUCCCCACUCCUGAGCCAGCCCUGCUCCUGCAGGAGCUGCUUGGGAUCCUGGCAAUUCCAGCAAUUCCAGCAAUCCCGUGGGAUGCCCCCCUCGCUGGCUCUGUUCUCCAAGUCCUGGCAUCCCCAGUUUCCCCCUCAGUGCUGGAUGUUUAGUUCAAGCUCUUCUUUAGAGGAAUUACUUGAAAAACAAAUUAAAAUUAAAGCCAUAUUUGUGUCCUGGGCCUGUGCAGGCCCUGGGCUGGUGUAACAUGUUCUAGAGUGCAGCUAGGCUGGGCUUUUUUUGCUCUUUGGAUGGUGAAUUUUUUAAAAGCCUUUUUUUUUUCUAACCAAAGAACACCGCGGGGCUGGGGGGAGGUUUCCUGCACCGUGUUGUAAAGUGUGAGUGCUCAGUGAGUAGCGCAGGCUGGCUAAAUAAAGUGUGAGAAGACAAAACAGAA